CAACUGACGCAUGAACACUUUUCGCAAAAACAUUGUAAAACCAGUAUAAAAUCAGAACCCGUUACCUAAACUUCAGUCAGUAAUUCUGUUAUUAACGCAGAAAUCAGAAAUAGCCACAGAUUCUCCAGAAUUAACUCGCGAAUUUGAAAACUUGCACUCUUAGAAACUGGGUAUUGAUUUUUAAAAAAUAUUAAUACCAGCGCAUUGGUAUCAAUCAUAACUCAAAAUGUGGUAUUAAAAUUUUUGGGAAAAUCAAUACCCCAUGUUUGUACAUGGAGAGUAUUAACUUGUAAUACUGGGGUGGUGAAACAUCAAUACCUCUUGGUACCGAUUUUAUACCACUCUUGCCCAGUCUCAACUCUGUUUGGUAUAAACAGGUUCGCGGGAUUUGCAAACUAUUUGCUUGUAGUUUGCAGAUGGUUCAUCUUUUGAUAAGUUCUUCGAAAUUAGUUGGAUUAAUUAUAAUUAAUUAAUUUUUUGAGGUGAGGAGGAAAUAAAUAAUUGAUUCCGAUGGCAAUUUUAACACUCCCAUAUUAACCUGAGAUAAGUUCCACGCCUCUAAAUUAGUUAUGAUGGAUAAUUGCUUGAGAGAACGGAGACUGUGAACUUCCUUAUCAGCGGCGACGUCGCGUGUCGAAUUUGCACUAGGUAGUUCGAGAUCCGGUGACCUUAACUCUUCCAUAUUAUUGUUUGACUAUCCCGGUGGCCUUUUUGAGGGGGAUAUUCUAGGCCCCAUCCCACAGGUCACUCGAGCCGGUGUCAUCAACCCUGCGAAAUCUGCCACAUUUCCAUACCAGUUUGCAUCCACAUUCCCUUCCGAUUACCAACCGCUUUUCCAGUCCGCCGUCAACCACCUCGUAGGACGCACAUGCAUCCGUUUAAAACCCAGACAGAGCGAAGUAGACUUUCUCGAUGUAAAUCAACUCAAUGCCUGCAGUUCGAAUAUUGGGCGAAUUGGGGGCGGUCAAUGGUUAUCCUUGGCGAAUGGGUGUAACCAUUUUGGGAUAUUUGUGCACGAGAUCAUCCACGCUAUUGGCUUUUAUCACGAACAGAGUAGGACGGACAGAGAUAAUUAUGUCACUAUUAACUGGGGCAAUAUUGGCACAGGAGCCGAAGGAAAUUUCCAAAGUUAUGAUGCUUCUCAAGUCUCUCCAUUCUGGGGUGUCUUACGACUACUCGAGUAUAAUGCACUAUGGGAGCAAAGACUUCAGUAAGAAUGGCCUCGAUACAAUCACACCUAAACAAAGUGGCGUCAUCAUAGGGCAAAGGGAUGGCAUGAGUAAUUCAGAUAUUUGGAAAAUUAAUAACAUGUACUGCCCAGGAACGCAAGGAGUCAGAAUGAAGAGCGAAUUUAAUGGACAGUACCUCGAUGUGAAGUACGGAGUUGCUAACGAGGGCCAAGACAUCCUUACUUGGGAUUGGCUGAACAGCAACAACCAGAAGUGGACCGUCGACUGGGCUGCAUUCAACGAUCAAUCGCUUGGCUCCAAACUUUGGACUUGGGCUCAAACCAGUGGGAGUGUCAAGUUGAUGGACGAAAACCAGGCAAAUGCUGGCGUCAUUAUUUGGGGUGAAAAUGGAGGGCCGAACCAGUACUGGAUUGCGACGCAGAUCACUGGAUCGACCUACACCAUCAAGAAUAAGUUUUCUGGUCGGUGCUUGUCCAAUAAUGGUGCCGAUCGGGCGACCUGUGCCACGUGCGAUUCGUCCAACUUGAGACAACGGUGGCAAAUUUAUACAGCUGUUCCUUAAUAACAUGGGCAAUUAUCCAUCAUGCAUGGUUUAAUUACGAAUAAAAAUGGAAGGCAAAUAUUAAAUAUGUUCUUACCCUCUAAAUAAAAAUAAGUAAAAUCUACCCGUUUGCUCCAUCCUUUAUGAUAGGUGAUUUGCAAAUGCCCCGGUUUCUUAACCACAAUUACCAUGAAAACAGCGGAAUCAUCGGUAUUGCAUUCAUAAAUAGACAUUAGACAAAGUGAGUUCACGAUUUAAGGUAACCAUCGAUGAGUCAUUCCCGCGCGUCUCAUUCCGCCCCAUGUGUCAUGUUUCAUUAUGACUUUAAAGAAUUCUAUAUUUUUAACUUGAAAAAUUCAUCUCAGCAGAUUUUUUGAAAAAAAAUCCUUCUAAAGAAG